AUUAAAUCCAAAUUUGCAACAUGCCAAAAAUAAAAAUAAAAAUACCCACUCGUCUUUUUCUUCAACAGCCAGAGAGAAUCUGCGGCUGAGAUCUGGCCUCCGAUCAUCUCUAGCCUCUCCAAUCUCUCCCUCCGCCGCCGCCAACCACCCACUUCCGCCAAUGGCACCUCCAGCAGCAACCGCCUGGAACACCGUUUGAAUAGACUGCCCGAACCAUGUCCCUCAACAUGAAGACCCUGACCCAGGCCUUGGCCAAGGCAUCGGCCGUCAUCGAGAAGACCGUGCAGAACACGGUGCAAGAAGUGACCGGUCUACCUAAGCCGAUGCAGGACUACGACCUCAUCGAUCAGAUUGGCACCGCCGGCCCGGGCCUGGCCUGGAAAUUGUACUCAGCCAAGUCGCGCGACGGCCACCUGCCGGCCGCUUAUCCUACGGUUUGUGUUUGGGUAUUGGAUAGGAAAGCUCUGUCAGAGGCUCGGCAGCGAGCAGGGCCGUCGAAAGCCGCUGAGGAUGCGUUUCUGGAUGUGAUUCGAGCUGAUGCGGCCCGGCUAGUGAGGCUGAGGCACCCCGGCGUGGUCCACGUGGUACAGGCGCUCGAUGAAAGCAAGAAUGCCAUGGCUCUGGUCACGGAGCCGCUCUUUGCAUCAGCGGCGAAUGCGCUGGGGAAUGUGGAAAACAUUCCGAAGGUGCCUAAGGAGCUUAAGGGGAUGGAAAUGGGAUUGUUGGAGGUGAAGCAUGGCCUGCUCCAGAUUGCAGAGACAUUGGACUUCCUUCAUAAUAAUGCCCGGCUCAUCCAUAGAGCUUUAUCGCCUGAGAUCCUGGCUUUUCAGUUAUCUUUGGGUAAGUUUGGGCAAAAAAAGACUGUGCUCGUUACUGCCAACGGAGCUUGGAAGCUUGGUGGUUUCGGUCUUGCAAUUUCAACAGAUCGGGCCAAUGAUUCUGCUAGCAUGCAGGCAUUCCAUUAUGCUGAAUACGAUGUAGAAGAUUCAAUCCUGCCCUUGCAACCUUCAAUAAACUACACUGCUCCUGAAUUGGUUCGAAGUAAGACAUCUUCUAUUGGGUCUGCCUCUGAUAUUUUCAGUUUUGGGUGCCUUGCUUACCACUUGAUAGCUCGGAAGCCUUUAUUUGAUUGCCACAACAAUGUGAAAAUGUACAUGAAUAGUCUAACUUACCUAACCAGUGAAGCAUUCUCCACUAUUCCGAGGGAUCUGGUUCCAGAUUUGCAUAGAAUGCUAUCUGCAAAUGAGACUUCACGACCAAUAGCAAUGGAUUUUACAGGUUCGCCUUUCUUCCGUCAGGAUACUAGGUUGCGAGCACUUCGCUUUCUUGAUCACAUGCUUGAGAGAGAUAACAUGCAAAAAUCUGAGUUUCUGAAAGCAUUAGCGGACAUGUGGAAGGAUUUUGACUCCCGUGUUUUGCGAUAUAAGGUCCUACCCCCACUUUGUGCAGAGCUCCGAAAUAUGGUGAUGCAACCUAUGAUUCUGCCUAUGGUCCUAAUUAUAGCUGAGUCGCAGUGUAUGGGAAAUGAAUCCAUGACUAUUGUUGCUUCAUUUACGAUAGAUGUGAAACUUAAGUUUAAUGAUCUGGAUAAAAAUGAUUUUGAGCUAUCAACUUUGCCACUGUUCCUGUUUUCAAUUCAGCUGCAGUCAAGAGCACCUUAUUUUGCAUGUACUACCAUGCUCAUUCGAGCUUAUGAUGAUACUGAUGCUCGUUUGCAAGAGGAAGCUCUCAGAAAAACUACACCGCUUGCAAAACAACUUGACGUUCAGCUAGUCAAGCAAACUAUUUUGCCUCGUGUUCAUGGCUUGGCACUUAAAACAACAGUUGCUGCGAUACGCCACCUUGUGAGAGUGAAUGCUCUCGUAUGUUUCGCUGACAUGGUUCACAUGCUAGAUACGACUGCUGUUUUGUGCAUGUUGCAAACUAUCCAAAGAUGUACGGCUGUAGACCAUUCAGCUCCAACUCUUAUGUAUACUCUCGGCGUUGCAAACUCAAUCUUGAAGCAGUUUGCAAAGUAUAUUGGCCUUGUCAAGGAUGUGUUAAGAUUAACAAAGCGGUCUCCACCGCCCCAUCUAGUUCAUCGUGGGAUGAGGAUUGGGUACCUGCAAGGACAGCUCAAACACCCAUUUCAGUCUUCAACCACAGCAUCAUCAUCUUCUCAUCAACUCAACCCCGCCGGAUAUUCCACCCAGCAACCACCGCCCUCGUCUUGCCCGGCUGUCGAUAUCGAGUGGUGGCCAUUGAUAUCGAGUAACAGCUUCAAACCCAGGAUUGAUAUCGCAAAUACUGCCAAUGGCUUGAGCUAUCAAUCUUCAUCAUGGGGGGCCUUUGGAACAACUCAAAGAACUAGUUUAUCCUCGAGUAUCGGUAGUAAUAUGAAGCAAAAUACGAGUUUGGAAUCAAUAUUUGCGAGUAAUAUUGCGCCAAGGCUUGCCCCGCCACCGAUGACUGCUGUUGGGGGAGGUAGAGGGCAAACAGGAGUAUCACUGUACGGGCAGAUGAAAUCCAAUAACGAGAAGCCGCCUCUGCUGGACUUGCUGUAA